AUGAAUCGUAAUUCCAGUUUAUUAACCGACCUUGAAGGUAAUUCUCAAGUCAAGGAUGUGACUUUAGAUUCAAGACAAAUAGCAAAAACAGACUUGAAAGACAAAGAAGCUCUUCGUAAUGAGUAUUUUGCUUCAUUAUUCACUUUAAACAAGGAACGUAACCCUGCAUACUAUCUGAAAACAUAUACAUAUAUGAUGAUAAAUACGUUACGGGUUGGAAUUUUUGAGGCCUUCAAGAGUUUUGAAAUCUAUUCAAAUCCUUUAUUUCUGGAACACUAG